AUGCCUGAUCGCGGGGUUCUCUGUCCGUUGCUCCUCGUUCUCCAGUCGUCUCUCCUCUCAGCCCCAACUUACCCCCCCACCAUUCCCUGCCAUCCUCUCAUCACCUCCUUUCCCCUUGGCGGCCUCCUUCCUUUCCUCUCUUCCCCCUCGUCCCUUUCAGUGCUCCUGACAGCGCAAGCCCAACCAGAAGCUCUUACCGAUUCGCAGCUGCUGCAGCAGCGGGUGCAGGAUGUUUUUGGGGCAGGAGCAGCAGGGAAUGGAGCAGAUGCAGGGGCAGCAGGGAAUGGGGCAGAGGCAGGGGCAGCAGGGAAUGGAGCAGAUGCAGGAGCAGCAGGGAAUGGGGCAGAGGCAGGGGCAGCAGGGAAUGGAGCAGAGGCAGGGGCAGCAGGGAAUGGAGCAGAAGCAGAGCUUCACCUAAACAUCGGUGCCCUCUAUUCCACCCAUCUCGACUCUCUCAACUGCUCCAACGCCCCCGCCUGCCCGGAUUUCUCGGGCAGGUGCUCGGUCAACCCGGAAAUUUCUGCCUGUUUCAAUCCUGGGUUGGAGGACGACGGGAAGCAGUGGCUUCGAGCACCGGAAAACUGCCCGAAGGUGAAGAAUGCGGUGGAGAGCGGUGCAGAGGGGUUCGAUGCGAGAUGCAGCCAUGAAUCGGACUUUGCAUGGCACAAGUGGAUGGUGUUUCAGACCUUCCUGCUGCGGGGGGUCUAUGUGAGCGCGCAGGGGCAGGUGUUUAAUCAAACCACACACUUUGCUCGCAAGGGAUGCGGCCAUUUCUCAGAGUUCUCAUACCCCCAGGCCACCCCAGUGCGUCACAUGCACCGAGCUCUCUCCCUCGUGUACCCACACGCCACGGGGUUCUAUCACGGGCUCAUAGAGUGGCUGCCUCAGUUUCUCCUGCUCGCUCCGCUCCUGCAGAAGCUUCCCAACAUAGCAGUGCUGGGCACGGCUGAACAGUGGGCAUUCUACGACCGGAUCCUCAAGCCUUUAGUGGGCGUGGACCUAGCAAAGAUCAACCGAGUGGACGUCAAACCCGAUGAGCUAAUCUUGGUCGACCAACUCUUCAUGCCUCUUUAUCAGUGCUGCGGCAAGCCUUCCCCGGCCAUCUGGCGGGACAUGAGGCUGAAGGCCCUGCUCCCUCCACACGGCCUCCCUUUCUUCCACAAGCACGGCUGGCAACUCCGAGGGAUCCAGCCAAUCACGGAGAAGCAGGCGGCAGCUGUACUGCGCUCUGAUUGGCUCGUCGUUGUCGCCCGCCGCCCGGGCAGCCGAAGAGUUUUGGACAAGUUUGAGGAGCUGUUGGAGGAGGUGAAGAAAGCUUUCGGGCAGGAGAAGGUUCGGACCUUUGACGGUUCGCUUCCGAUUCUUGAAGCGCGGUCUCUCUUUCUGCAAGCGCGUCUCUUCAUAGCAGGGCAUGGGGCAGCGCUAGCAAACAUGGUUUUCAUGCCGUUUAAUGCUACAGUGCUUGAGAUUCGGCCAGAUCGUUACGACAACGCGUGUUACCACUUCCUUGCGAGCGCUUGUGGGUUACGGCCCAUUAAUCGCCGUCGUCCGUCCCUCACGAUUCCCUCCUCGGACGACUCAUUUCCUAAGAGACCAGCACCAGGAGGAGGCUCAGGAGGACGAUACGCCGCAGGACACGGCGGAGGGUACGGCGGAGGGUACGGCGGCGCCAGUCUAGGCGAAAAUGGUUACCCAGGCAACAACGACGACAAUGUUCGCAGCAGCGACGCGAAUCUGCCCAACCCAGUGGAGUUUUCAUACGAGGAGCUCAAAACGGCUACAGAUGGGUUCAGUGCGGUGAACGUGUUGGGCGAGGGCGGGUACGGGAAGGUGUACCGUGGGAUGGUUCGCGAGGAGGCGCCAGAUGGCAGCACGGUAGAGCGCCACGUGGCAGUGAAGCAGCUGAAUGACGAGGGGCGGCAGGGCUUCAACGAAUGGCUGACGGAGGUGGUGUUUCUGAGGCGCCUGCACCACCCCAACCUGGUGCAGUUCGUGGGGUACUGCACGGAGCAGCAGCAGGCGCUGCUCGUAUACGAGCUCAUGGCCAACCAAUCGUUAGACUACCAUCUCUUCGACAGCACCCGCCCCCCUCUCACGUGGCAACAGCGGGUCAAUGUGGCUCUGGGAGCCGCUAAGGGGUUAGCAUACCUGCAUGAGGGCACGGAGCGGCAGGUGAUCUUCAGAGACCUGAAAGCUGCAAAUAUCCUGCUAGACGAGAACUUCAAUGCCAAGCUGUCAGACUUUGGAUUGGCCAAGGACGGCCCGGCAGGGGAGAACACGCACGUGUCCACCAUGGUGGUCGGUACCUAUGGCUACACCGCCCCUGAAUACCUGCAGACUGGCCACCUGACAGCAAAGAGCGAUGUGUACGCCUUCGGAGUGGUGCUGCUGGAGCUCCUCUGCGGCCGCAGGGCCGUGGACAUAGACCGACCGGGCGACGAGAAGAAUCUCGUCUUUUGGGCCAAGCCGUUCCUAGCGGACAGGAAGAGGGUCGGUGAGAUCGUGGAUCCGAGGCUGGAAGGGAGGUUCUCUCACAAGGGAGCUCUGAAGCUCGCCGUUGCUGCGCACUGCUGCCUGCAGGACGCGAAAUCUCGGCCGUCGAUGGCCGACAUGGUGCAGACUUUGACGGCUCUGAUGGAGAUGGGCGAGGGUGGGUGCAAGAGCUAA